CCUUGUAUUUUGGAAAUGAUAACUUAAAAGACAGGUGUACCGUAACAUAUGUCCAAUCAUAGAGACUCUAGGCCAUCUGCACAGAGAAUAAUAACUUUCAAUUUGAGAUGACAACCAAAGUGCAAACAUAUGAAAAGGGGAACGGGAAGAGAUUCACUUCUUCAAUUCAGUUUUCUUCUUCGUCCCCAGAAGCACCGGCCAGUUUGUUGCCCUUGACUUCAGCAACAAGGUUUAUUUGUAUUUUAAAUGCUUCACAUUUCCUAGAACCCAGUCUGGGGAGGAUCUCUUUACCGGUAACUUCAUGAUACACAGGGCGGACAUUUUUUUAACAGCUCAUUUGCAAUUUUACAUGAAAGAUUGCACAAGUGCCAAGGUCGCUUUUUUUUUUAGGAACAUCUGAACAGCACAUGAACAAUGGCCGUCACACGAUGGACGCACUUGCUGCUGUUGUGUCUGUGUACCCACCGUGAGAUCCGACCGGCUGCCUGUAAACCCGUGUGGAUGAGAGCACAGUUCCCUUGUGAUGUCAGAGCCUACAAUAACUCAAAGGUCCUAUUUGACUGUGAGGAGCGCCGCCUGCAUAUGGUACCUUAUGGGAUAACCGCUAACGCAACCGAGCUUAACUUGUCAGAGAACCACAUAGGGACUAUUUGGGCUGAUUCGUUUUCCCGCCUGUCGAAUCUGACUCGACUCAAUCUCAGCUGGGCGAAUAAGAAGGAAAACAAAACAGUGGUGAUUGCUGCGAAUGCUUUCAAAAAUCUGACAAAACUCCAAUGCCUGAUACUGACGGGCAUCGGUCAGACAGAGAUUCCUGAAAAUCUCCCUCUCAGCCUGAAAAUCCUAAACCUGAACAUGAACAAGAUUACUUGGUUGGAAAACGGGAGCUUUAAUGGCUUAACAAAUGUGACUAAAUUGAUGUUAUCCAAAAACUGCUUCAGCGGGAACCCUUGUGGGAAAUCUGUCCGGAUCGGGGAAGACAGUUUUGCGGUUAUGAGCAAACUGCAGCAUCUGGACUUGUCUUUCAACAACUUAACAAAAGUUCCCGUUGGAUUACCCAAAUCGUUAAUCAGGUUAGAGCUGGGUAGAAACCAAAUCCAGGCCAUAUCUAAAGACGAUUUCCUGUCGCUACCAAAUUUAAAUGUUCUGAGAAUACAAGGGAACUGUCCAAGAUGUCAAAAUGCUCUAUUUCCUUGUGUUCCUUGCCACAACGGUUCUCUCAGUAUCCAUCUUAAUGCAUUUAAGAAUCUCAAAAAGCUUAAAAUGCUGAACCUGGGAGGAAACUCACUGGAGCACCUGAAUCCCUCUUGGUUUGAGAGUCUGAGCGAGCUUAAAAAGUUGUUCCUGUCCUUCAACUUCUUGUUAAAAACGAUAACUGACGAGGCAACAUUUCUAAGACAUCUUCCCAAAUUAGAAUUAGUUGAUAUUUCUUUCAACUUUGCAUUACAGUUUUACCCUCGGACAAUAAACCUCUCAAAAGAGUUUUCAAAACUCUCAAAUCUCAGAACUUUGCAUUUGGAGGGUUUGGUCUUCCAGAACAUUGAGCCGGACACGCUCAGGCCCCUGUAUGGGCUCUACAACCUGUCUGCCCUGAACCUGGGGACUAACUUCAUUAUCCACUCGGAUUCCAAUAUAUUCAAACAAUUUCGCCACCUGAAAAUGAUAUAUCUCGCAGAAAACCGGCUAUAUCCAAUCCCAGUGAAGAACUCCCCACAUGUGACUAACGGAUACCAUCGGGGGUCGGACCUCUCCAUUUCACUGCCCGCGAAUCCCCAAAAGAUCGAUUCGAACGAUUUUGAACUAUCGCACAGCCUUAUCAAAGACGAGUGCUUUGACUCCGGACGAGUGCUGAUCCUCAGCUCAAAUAAUCUGUUCUUCAUUACUCGCGAGCAAUUUCAGGGCUACGGGGACAUCGCGUGCCUCAACCUCUCCAGUAACGGAUUCUCAGCAGCACUAAACGGGACAGAGUUCUCCUCUCUGCCAAAUCUGACAUACCUAGACCUUUCAUUCAAUAAGAUUGAUCUGGCCUAUGACAACGCCUUCAAAGAACUAAGGGAACUACAAGUGCUGGACCUCAGUCACAAUGACCACUACUUUAAGAAAUUUGGGAUAACGCUUAAUUUAAAUUUCAUUAAAAAUCUGCCUGUUCUCAGGGUGCUGAAUAUGAGCCACAAUUCCAUUUCCAGGUUGACGACCAAAAGGUUGUACAGCAAAUCACUAACAGAACUUCAGUUUACACAUAAUUUACUCGGGACUCUUUGGAAAAAAGAAUAUGGCACCUAUGAAAUGCUUUUUACUAAUCUUAUUAAUUUGACAAUUUUAGAUAUAUCCCACAACAGCAUAAAAAAUAUUCCAUACAGUGUUUAUGAAUAUUUGCCUCCUAACCUCACCAUGUUACACGUAAAUCACAAUUUGCUCACUGAUUUUAGAUGGGACAAACUGGUGUGUUUCCAUCAGCUUCAGAUUUUAGACCUGAGCUUCAAUAACAUACCUAACGUGACAAGUAUAAACCUAAAUGUCUCUCUGACUUACCUUGACUUGAGUCAUAAUAAAAUUUUCCACUUGGACAACGGCUUUCUGAAGGGUGCCAGAAGCCUCUCGACUUUGAUCCUUAGCAACAACAAACUAACUAUAAUCAAUGAAUCCACCUUCCAGUCCGGACCUGAAUCUCAGAUUCAGACCUUGUUCUUGCAGGGAAACCCGUUCCAGUGUACCUGCGAUUCAUUAGAUUUCAUUGUGUGGAUUGAAAACAGUGACGUAAAGAUCCCCAGACUGACCUCCAUGGUAACAUGCGAAACACCAGCCAACAUGAAGGGUUCUGCUCUGAUCUUCUUUGGCAUUGAUCAGUGUGUGAAUGACAGUGAGGCGUUCAUGAUGUACAUCCUCACAAAUUCCUUCAUUGUUGUCUUCAUGUGUGUGGCAACACUUGCUCACUUAUUUUACUGGGAUGCUUCCUACGUGCUUCACUACAUGAAAGCCAAGCUGACAGGAUACAGACCCUUGAACUCGGCAGACAGUGUUUACGGUGUCUUUGUGACGUACGACACCAGAGAUCCACAUGUCUCUGAGUGGGUGAUGACGAAUCUGCGAGUGAAGCUGGAGGAGGAAGGAGAUAUGCAUCUUCCUCUGUGUCUGGAGGAGAGGGAUUGGCCCCCUGGAGCCCCACUGGUGGAGAACCUCUCUCAGAGCAUCCGGCACAGCAGCAAGACCCUGUUCGUCUUGACCGAGGCCUACAUUAAGACCGGGCGGUUCAAGCUGGCGAUGUUUCUGGCCCACCAACGACUGCUCGAUGAAAACAGGGACGUGAUCGUGCUGCUGAUGCUGGAACCCGUCCUGCAGCACUCUCACUUCCUGCGCCUCAGGAAGAGGAUGUGUAGGAAAAGUGUCCUGCAGUGGCCGAGGACACCUGCCGCGGAGCCCUGGUUUUGGACCACUUUGAGGAACGUGGUCAGAGUGGACAACCAGGCGAUAUGCAACAAGACUUAUAAAAAGUACUUCACCAUCAAAUGAACCAAUGACCCCUGAUAGGUUCAGGUCUGACUUUGAAAUGCUGAAAACAGGAUUUUGACCAUGUGUAAAAUGAUUGUUUUAUGUCUCUCACUCUGAUGUGGUCCUUUGACAACUUGUAUCCCUUGGUCUUGGGCUUUUUGCUGAAGAUAAACAAAGACAUUGAUCAUGCUUUUGUUAAUAGUUGUUAGUUGUAAUCAAUGUAUUGUGUGGAAUAGACUUAUGUGAAAUAAAUUGAUUUUCUUAAAAUCAACGCUCUUUUUGCAUUUAAGCCUAGAAAAAAUUUGAAAGGUCACAGGUUCAGUCAACACAAGUUCGUUGAAAGAAUAAAGUGUGCUGCGUUAUCUUUUAUUUGAAGUUACAGGCCUGUUUCCAGUCUGUCAAGCCUCCAUUAUGAGAGUCCAAAGAGAAUCCUCAUCAAUCUCCACUUCCCUGUUAUCCUUUGUCUCACCGCAAGGUGUCGCCCUCAGACACGCGUCUAACAGGACUCUUUGUGCAGAUUAAAACCAA